CUUUUUUUCCAGGGGUGUCUUGCAUCAGUCCAUUGUAUGUGAGAGGGACCUGAGCUGAGCGAGAGUGAACAGAGAGAAUAGGCAGGCUUGGAUUCUAACAGACUGAACUGGGGACACGGACACUCACAGGAAUACUCCACCGCCUACUCGGAACAAAUGUUUUGAAAGGAUAAACUCUUUAAAAGUUUGAAGACCCUCUCUGUGUGUGUGUGUGUGUGUGUGUGUGUGUGUGUGUGUGUGUGUGUGUGUGUGUGUGUGUGUGUGUGUGUGUGUGUGUGUGUGUGUGUGUGUGUGUGUGUGUGUGUGUGUGUGUGUGUGUGUGUGUGUGUGUGUGUUUGGGAUGAAGCGCCUGUGGGACAAACACUUUCCGUUGCUCAUCCUUCUCUAUCUGGUAGGAGACGUCACCUCACAGGUUAACCCAGGUGUGUGUCGGUACCCUCUGGGGAUGUCAGGAGGGCAGAUUCAGGAUGAAGACAUCACAGCCUCCAGUCAGUGGUCUGAGUCGACUGCUGCUAGAUACGGCAGGUUGGACUUUGAGGAGGGUGAUGGCGCGUGGUGUCCAGAGAGAACGGUGGAACCAGACAGCCUGAAGGAGUUCCUCCAGGUAGACCUGCGCUCCCUCCACUUCAUCACCCUGGUGGGCACCCAGGGCCGCCACGCAGGGGGCAUCGGCAACGAGUUUGCCCAGAUGUACAAGAUCAAAUACAGCCGUGACGGCAGCCGCUGGAUCUCCUGGAGGAACAGGCAAGGCAACCAGGUCAUUGAGGGGAACAGGAAUGCAUAUGACAUCAUGCUGAAGGACCUGGAGCCUCCGAUCAUCGCCCGCUUCGUGAGGUUCAUGCCCGUCUCAGACCACUCUAUGAACGUCUGCAUGAGGGUGGAGCUCUACGGCUGUGAAUGGCUCGACGGUUUGGUGUCCUACAACGCUCCAGCAGGAGAACAGAUGAGUCUAGAGGGCCAGCCUGUCCACUUCAACGACUCGGUGUAUGACGGAGCCGUCAUCCACAGUAUGACGGAGGGCCUGGGCCAGCUGACUGAUGGGAUGUGUGGAUUAGAUGACUUUACCCACAGCCACGUCUACAAUGUGUGGCCUGGCUACGACUACGUAGGCUGGACCAAUGAGAGCUUCCCCAACGGAUACGUGGAGAUCAUGUUCGAGUUCGACCGCACACGCAACUUCACCACCAUGAAGGUGCACUGUAACAACAUGUUCAUGCAGCAUAUCAAGGCAUUCCGCCAGGUUGUGUGUUACUUCCGUUCCGAGGCUGACUGGGAGGCCACGCCCCUUUCCUUCAGCCCUGUGGUGGACGACGUCAAUCCCAGCGCCCGAUUCAUCACUGUCUCUCUGGCCAAUCACAUGGCCAGUGCUAUGAAGUGCCAUUUCUACUUCGCUGACGCCUGGAUGAUGUUUAGCGAAAUCACCUUCCAGUCAGACACAGCCAUGUACAAUACUACCCUGGCUCCACCCAAGACUGGCAGUGGCCCCCCCACCAGCACUCAACCAGGGGAUGACCCCACCCACAAAAUAGACGACAGCAACACCAGAAUUCUGAUUGGCUGCCUGGUGGCCAUCAUCUUCAUCCUCGUCGCCAUCAUCGUCAUCAUCCUCUGGAGGCAGGUCUGGCAAAAGAUGCUGGAGAAGGCCUCGCGGCGGAUGCUGGACGAUGAACUAACUGCUAGUCUGUCACUACAGAGCGAGACAUUCGCCUACAGCCACAACAACCCUUCAUCAUCAUCAUCAUCAUCAGCACCCAGCGAACAGGAGUCUAGCUCCACCUACGAGCGUAUCUUCCCCCUGGGCCCUGACUACCAGGAGCCUUCACGACUGAUACGCAAGCUGCCUGAGUUCUCCCACAGCUCGGAGGAGGCUGCAUUGACCAGCACAGUGGUGGCAGUGACAGCCUCCAAGGCUCCCACGGCAACAUUUUCCCAGGACGGAGUCCCUCACUAUGCCGAGGCAGACGUCGUCAACCUGCAGGGCGUAACUGGGGGCAACACGUACGCGGUCCCUGCUCUAACCAUGGACCUGCUGUCAGGGAAGGACGUGGCGGUGGAAGAGUUCCCCAGGAAACUGCUCACCUUUAAAGAAAAGCUGGGCGAGGGACAGUUUGGAGAGGUCCACCUGUGUGAGGCAGAGGGCAUGCAGGAGUUUAUGGAUGAGGAUUUCUCCUUUGACAUCAGUGACAACCAGCCAGUACUGGUGGCUGUUAAGAUGCUAAGGGCAGACGCUAACAAAAACGCCAGGAACGACUUCCUGAAGGAGAUUAAGAUCAUGUCUCGUCUGAAGGACCCUAACAUCAUCCGUCUGCUGGCUGUGUGUAUCUGCAGUGACCCCCUCUGCAUGAUCACAGAGUACAUGGAGAAUGGAGACCUCAACCAGUUCCUGUCCCGCCAUGAACCUGAGGGACAGCUAGCGCUCAUCAGCAAUGCACCCACUGUCAGCUACAGUAACCUGUGCUACAUGGCCACUCAGAUUGCCUCAGGGAUGAGGUACCUCUCCUCGCUCAACUUUGUCCACAGAGACCUGGCCACGAGGAACUGUCUGGUGGGGAAGAACUACACCAUCAAGAUCGCUGACUUUGGCAUGAGCAGGAACCUGUACAGCGGAGACUACUACCGCAUCCAGGGCCGGGCCGUGUUACCCAUACGAUGGAUGUCCUGGGAAAGCAUACUGCUGGGAAAGUUCACCACAGCCAGUGAUGUGUGGGCAUUUGGGGUGACGCUGUGGGAGACCCUAACCUUCUGUAACGAGCAGCCUUACUCCCAGCUGACUGACGAACAAGUCAUAGAGAACACUGGCGAGUUCUUCAGGGACCAGAAACGACAGGUCUACCUUCCCCAGCCAGUGCUGUGUCCUGACUCUGUGUAUAAGAUCAUGCUGAAUUGUUGGAGGAGGAACACCAAGGAGAGGCCUUCCUUCCAGGACAUCCACCGAGCACUGCUGGAGAGCCAAGCUUAGGGCCAGUACACCUGGGCCAGCACACACACACACACACACACACACAGACAGACAGACAGACAGACAGACAGACAGACAGACAGACAGACAGACAGACAGACAGACAGACAGACAGACAGACAGACAGACAGACAGACAGACAGACAGACAGACAGACAGACAGACAGACAGACAGACAGACAGACAGACAGACAGACGGAUGAAACGCAUCAACAACACAUUACGCAUCCAUCAAAAGUUCAACUCAAUUCAAAUAAUGAUGCACGGAAAAAGAAAUGCAAAAAUUACAAAUGGCUGUCAGAUUGUCUCAGAUAGAGAAGCCAAAGUGAAUUGUAGCAAUACAAGUUUGGUACUUUUAAAAAUGUAUAAUUUAUUCAAAAUGAUACUAUAAAUGAGUGUUCCCACCUUGUUUAAUGUAGUUUAUGGUAUUGGCAUGUCUAUGAAUUAAAUUGUGUUUUCUUUAAGAAGACUGCUUGAAUGUAAAAAAGAAUACAAGUUUCAUUGAUGUCUUAACAAAACAUAAGUGUUCAGUUUGGAGAUUUUUAGUGAAUUUUUAUAUUUGAAAAGGUUAUUCAUCUCAGUCAGUCUGACAGUCUGACAGUUUAUUCAAAGCCAACAGGGAUAAUUAUGUUUUCAUAAAAAUAAUGCAUUAUAAUUAUAAGACUUAAUAUUAUAACAUUAUACCUAUUGGCUUUUGAUUAAGGAGUUACAAGUGAUAAACAAAUUCAUAACAUGGACAUUAACCAAAACUUAAACAUGUCUCAACUGUAGUACUCUGGCAUACACUCUGCUACAGUGCCUGCCAGUGAUAUUUGACCAAGAGUGCUCAGAGACAUCAAUAUGUAUGUACUUCUCAAAUAUUCAUAUUUUGUAUUUAUAUGUAUUGUUUAUUUGUGUGUUCUGUUUGCUUCUUGUUUACAGUACCAGUCAAAAGUUUGGACACACCUACUCGUUCUAGGGUUUAUCUUUAUUUUUAAUAUUUUCUACUUUGUA